UCGGUGUUGAAGAAUUGAUUUUCUGAAGACCGUGGGAUCGUUGUUUACACCGUUGUGCGUCUCCCUCCUAUUCAACACUCCAUCCGAGGGUUCCCACAUACUUUAAUCGCACGAUCUUGUCAGACGCAUUCCUGGUAAUUUCCCAAAGCAUACUGGGGACUGUGUGGGCUCGGUAACCAGCUAAACCUAUUGGCUGUUACUCACUCAGUCGAAUAGGCAGAAUCGUGCUCCGACUUCCUAGAACGAUAGACCCGAGGACCCAUCACAUUGGGCACGUGCAUUAGACGAGACAACCCCGAGGAUCGGCCGUAUCGCUGCAAUUGGCUGGUGGAUAGAUACUAUGAACAAUUGAACGUGUGGGACGGAGUAUCACGAUGUCGCAGCGCUAUAUACCGGCACGGAGCCAGGAGGAAGAGCCACCGGCCUACGGAUCGUAUGGAGAUGGCUCUUAUCUCGACUCUUCGCCCGCGGCGUCACGUCUCCAUGGAGCUACAAUGCGACUGCUCCCCACGAGCUCGGCGGUGGACAGUGAUCUGAGUGGAGGCACUGGCAUGACCUCAGAGUAUCACUAUGGUGAUUCAUUCACUUAUGACGCAGGGUAAGCUCACUUUGGUUCGAGUUCGUCCCCAAAUUUGUCAAUUUUUUAUGAUUCUUCGGCAUGCUGGCGGAGCUUUUCUGCUAUCCCCGUAUACUACCACCAUACUUGAGCCCCCCCUUGUUUGCACCCUCCACCCAAUCAUAACUUGCGUUCGGAACAAGCUCAAGGUCCUGGACUGAAGAAGCCCAAACGUUUUUCGCAAUUUGUACUUGUGGUAUAAACGCGCAAUGUCCACGCCUUUGUGGGAUCUCUGUCCGUUUCAACUGCCCCUUGCGAAGCUCACUUAGCGGGCCCAGCAACCGCUAGAAACAUCCGUCAAGAUGCUUUUUGAAAUGUUCUAUAUGAGGCGAACUGUUAACAGGAAUCGCAGAGCGGAACAGCAAGAGCAAUAUGCUCAGAGCCAGUAUCAAUAUGAUCCGGAAGACUCCCCGUCGAGACCUACAUCGAGCCUUCGACACGCGCCUACCAUCCCC